AUGGCGAAGACAGCGACCAAGUCCAAGAAGAAAGCUGCGGCUCCGCCCAGCAAGAAGGCUGCAAAGAAAAAGGUCGAGCCGGAGAGCUCCGAGGACACGUCCUCGAGCGAGGAGGCUCCCAAGCUCAAUGGCAACGCCGCCGCCCCCGCCGCCUCCGACUCGAGCAGCUCGGACAGCGACAGCAGCUCGAAGUCGGGGGCGUCCUCGAGCUCCAGCGAGUCGGACAGCAGCUCGAGCGACGACUCGGGGGCCAAGGGCAAGCCCGCGGCGGCUGCGGCGGCCCCCGCGAGCUCUUCGGACGACUCCGGGUCGAGCGACAGCGACAGCUCGUCGAGCGACAGCGACAGCGACGCGAAGCCGGCCGUGAACGGCAAGGCCAAGGCCAAGGCCAAGGCCAAGGCGGCGCCGGCGAGCAGCUCGGACGACUCUGGGUCGAGCGACAGCGACAGCGACGACGACGACGCUAAGCCGGCGGCGAAGAAGGCCGCGUCGGACGACAGCUCCUCGAGCAGCUCGAGCUCGAGCAGCAGCGAGGACAGCGACAGCUCGAGCAGCGACAGCGAGAGCGAGGAGGAGAAGCCCGCCAGCAAGAAGCGCGCGCGCGAGGACGCCGCCGCGACCCCGGCGGCGAAGAAGCAGGCGACGGGCGGGAGCGAGAGCGUCACGGUCUUCGUGCGCAACCUCCCGUGGUCGGCCACGGAGGACGAGCUGGCCGAGCUGAUGAACAGCGCCGGCGGCGAGGUCGUCGGGGUGCGCAUCGCGACGGACCGCGACACCGGGCGCGCGCGCGGGUUCGCGCACGUGGACUUCGGGACGCCCGAGGAGGCCGCGGCGGCCGCGGAGCAGCUCAACGGCAGCGACAUGGGCGGCCGCGAGAUCUUUUGCGAGGUGGCGGCGCCGCGCGGGGAGCGCACGCCGCGGGCCGAGGGCGGGACGCCGCGCGAGCGGCCGUCGUACGGGGACCAGAACCAGGUGUUCGUGAAGGGCUUCGACCGCAACCUGGGCGAGGAUGCGGUCCGGGAGCAGCUGCAGGAGGCGUUUGGCAAGUACGGCGACGUGGUGUCGGUGCGGCUGCCGUUUGACCGGGAGACGGAGCAGCUGAAGGGCUUUGGGUUCGUGCAGUUCGCGGACGGCGUGGACAAGCACAAGGCGGCGGAGCUGCAGGACCAGGAGAUUGCUGGCGGGUGGCUGACGGUGGACACCGACGCUCAGGGCGGUGGCGGACGCGGCGGGGGCGGCGGGCGCGGCGGCGGGUUCGGCGGGCGCGGCGGCGGGCGUGGCGGGCGCGGGGGCGGGUUCGGCGGGCGCGGCGGCGGCGGGUUCGGCGUGUGA